AUGGGACAGGUAAUCAUAACGCAUUACUGUGACGUCACGUUAUGUCACCCGAUAACCGGACAUGCAUUACUCUCGGUCAGUCGGUUCGAGCUGUGUGUAGUGAAUAGAACUCCAACAGAACGUUGUCGAUUCUUUUAUGCGUUCGUACCUGAGACACAAUCGAGAAGACAAGAAAAUGCAAGAGAAAUACACAUCUCGAGUUGCACAAUGAAAAUCAGGAGAUCAACGCCAACGCCGCAACCGCCGCAGCAACAAACGCAACAGCCUCCGCAACUUCAGCAGCCGUCGCCGCAGCAACCUGUAAGUCAGCAACAGCAAUCGCCGCAAGUGGCGCCCACGAAAUCUCCAACGCCCCCGUCGACCGCCGAGACUGAUGUCGUCGAGCAGGACAAUGUCGAACUCCGGCACACGCCGCAGCAGUCACAACCGCCAUCGCCUCCAAAACAAUCGGCGACCGUUCCGCGGACCGUGUCGCUACCGGCCUCGCCGCCGGAAAGAUACAGGGCCUUACCGCAGACUGAACAUAGACUUGAUUAUAGCCAAAGCGAACGGUUGCCGAACCGGCCGAAGCUCGUGAGGUCGACGUCGAGGAAGGAGGCCAUUAAGAACUUUGUCAAAAAGGAGACGGCGAAUUUUUUCGGCGUCGAUGAAAGUAAGCAAAACGAUCAACAGUUGAGAUGGUUGGAUAGGAGAAAAAGACUGGCUUCAAGAGCAUACGGACCUCUUAAGGCGGAAUAUCGGCAAUCGUCGGGUGGUAUGGCCCAUCGAAGAGCCGUCUCCGAAAUUACCGGCGUACAGCCGAUUCCUGGGCGAGUAUCCGGCUGGCGACCCGACGUUUUACCAGGACCAAGCGACGUACCCGACAGUAUGCCGGAAUACAGGAACGGCAGUAGCGUCAAGAGGAAGGACUCCGUAGCCAGAAUGACGUGGGAUGGACUUUCGUAUGUAGUUACGGUAAGCCAGCUCUUAUUUAAGUUCAUCGAAAAUGAUGGCGUUUUCCGCUAA